GGGACAAGUAGACACUGAAAGCAAAGUGAGAAACAUAAAUCUAAUGUAACUUAUGUGUAUUUAAUAAAAUGAAUAAAAAUAUUGCGUCUAAAGAUGUACUUGAAAGUUUUGAAAAACUAUCUAAAGAUUUUCUAGAACUAAGCGUAAGUAGUGAAGUGGCAUCUGUUGAAAGUUCACCAACACCAUUAGAGUUUCUAAAGAAAUGGGUAAUGCCAAAUGUCCCUGUCAUAUUUCGUCAAGCAGUAACACACUGGCCUGCUCUUAAAAAAUGGACUAACCAAUACCUGAGAGAUAAGAUAGGGCAGAAAGAGGUGACAGUAGCAGUAACUCCAACUGGUUAUGCAGAUGCUGUAUGUGAUGGAUAUUUUGUAAUGCCUGAAGAAAGAAAGAUGACAAUGAACUCAUUUAUUAAUAUAUUAGAAGGGCAUGGACAAGACAAUUACAUAUACUAUAUACAAAAACAAAACUCAAAUCUCACAGAAGAGUUUGAAGAGUUAGUUUCUGAUGUCGCAACUGAAUUACCUUGGGCAACCAAUGCAUUUGGUGUGGAGCCUGAUGCAGUCAACUUCUGGAUGGGAGACAAAAGAGCUGUUACUUCAAUGCACAAAGACCAUUAUGAGAACAUAUACUGUGUUGUUCGAGGCCAGAAAGACUUUAUUUUGAUCCCACCAACAGAUCUUCCGUGGAUUCCUUAUGAAAAUUUCCAAGCUGCAGUGUAUAAAACUGCUGACAGUGGUCAAUUUCACAUCGAAAAGGAUGAAUCAGUUGGUGUUGUCCCGUGGAUACCAGUUGACCCUGAGCAGCCUGAUUAUCAGUGCUAUCCCAAGUUCCAGAGAGCCACAAAAUUGCGGUGCACUGUACAAGAAGGAGAUGCUCUUUACUUGCCUUCUUUAUGGUUCCAUCACGUAAGACAGUCACAUGGUUGUAUAGCAGUAAACUUCUGGUAUGACAUGGACUUUGAUGUCAAAUAUGCUUAUUUCAAAUUCCUGGAGAGACUUUCAAAUCUUGUUUUUCCAUUAGAUCCCACCUCUUAGUGAUAGAUAAUGCCCGAAAGGUUCAUGGAAUGAGUGCUGAACACAGUGCAUCAGUUUAUUGCACCCCACCCACCUGGAGUGUUUCUUUCAUGAAUUAUUGCAGUUCUGUCUUGGAGUUACUGAUGCUCACCAUCCAGAGCUUCCAGAAACUUUUCCUGGAUAGCAUAUGGUAUCACCUUAUGUCUGUAGUGAAAACAAAAUAAAUUAGUCAUUAUGAAAAAUUAUAAAUUAACUUCUUCUUUUUUUGUAUUUACAAAUCAAA